AUGGCGCCUAAGGAUCGCUCUCAAUUGCAUGUAUCAUUUCGAUCUAGUCGGGCCCCGCUACAAUCCCCCGGCCAGAUGGAUCACGAAGAAUAUAAUGAGCGAAGAGUCUCUAAGGCGCAACGGAUACUGGGCACCAAUUUCAAUCUACCCACCCAUGUUAAUGCAUCAAAGUCCAAGUCUCGUCACAACAUUCGGACCCCCGAUAGCUCUUCGAGGCAGCAACACAGCCAACAGUACAGUCAACACCAUAGCCAGAAUAAUAGCCAACAGCACGCCUGGCAGCCCAGCAGUGUCAUGCCUCCCCCAUCUUCUGAGGAUAUAACCGUUCCACCCCAAGAAUUGCGUGUAAGGGCUUCAUCACCACUGCUGGGCCGUGAAUAUCGAUCUCAAUAUUUGACUUCCCCACAGCCAAAGUCUUCGAAAAAGGUCCACCAUGUAGGCUCCUCCUCUACUUUGUUCUCAUACUUCAGCUCAAAAGAAGGUCUGAACCGUAACAAGGCGAGACCUAUAACUCCCAAGGGCCUGCAGCCUGUGAUUCAGAACGAGCUGUCAAUGGACCCGCAUGUCACAUUCAAACAAACUCGGACCAUUCCCAAGGAAAUGGAUUCCAAACGAAAGAUCCGUCCACCACGCAUCGACUUGUCCAUUCUCUUCCCAAAGCCACGAAAUCCCGCCCCGCCUCUUUUCUCACCUCACCGCAUGACCGAUUCUCCCUCUCCAGUGUCAACCGUCGUCUCGGAUCGCCAUUACAUGAAACCAAAUAGUGCAGGAAACCCUUCACAAGUACACCGAUUUGGAGACUCAUUACCUCGAAUUUCAGUCGUCCAUGAUGAUGCUCCACAGCUCACAAUUGAUCGUUUUGAUCUUUCGACAAUUCCCGAGAUAAAAGAUGCCAAUUUGUAUGGCCAGUCUUUCGAGCGGACAGUGCCUACGAGUGAGAUCGACCUCGCAUUGGAUAGAUAUUCAGGUCAACGAUCACUUUACAGCCGUUCCAGUGUUUGUAGUAACGGCCAGGAACAUCCAACGGUAGACCAGCGUCAGCCCUCUGCAACGGAAGUCGAUGCACAACGGGGCCGUAGUCUAGCUGGUAAACAACGAAAGGACGUGCACUGGAACUCUGGAUUGAUGCCAGAGUAUAUCCCCCAUCAAACGAAUUUUCAUGAGCCAAGACUUCCGGAGUCAAGAAUUCCGGAGGAACGAACUUACUCCCGAAGCCAAUCCCGAAGUCAGUCCCGGAGUCAAUCCCGAAGCCGGAAGAAUCCCGUGAUCAAGAAGGAGGGCAAGAGCACAUUCAAGAACACGGAUCUGCAGAAUUCAAGUUUCCUCUCUCUAUCUUCGUCAGAGGACGAAGACGAUCUGGAGACACCGACUGAGUUUCACAUCCGCGAUAAUCACAUCCGAGAUAGGAAUGUGGUGGACAAUUACCAUAAAAUGGAGCCUCAGAUAUACACUGCCUCAACUGCCCACGCUACCACUGGCCAACAGCUAAGGAAGGUCAAGCGUGCGCCAUCAAAUAGCAGUCAUGGAUCCGAUCAGAGCUCACGGACUCAAACCAAAUACCGACAGGCCUCUCAUUCAACUUUAUCGAUUGGGAAUUCGUCCCAAAACACUCUCCGAACGCCCGAGACUCGACAUUCUGGCAACACUAUCAUCGAAGAACCCAACAUCUUGGAUAGAUUCCCGCAGCAGCCUUCGCAAACACCGCAAGAGAUUAAGGAGAUGAACCGAAGAAGUCGAGUCAUGGCAGUGACUCGACAAGAGGAGGAUCUGCUGGCAGCCAUGCGCCAACGCAAGGGCAAGAUAACCCCGAGUAUUUUCCACUAUAACAGCACCAAUAUCUCCGAGUCUGAUCGCUCCUCGAUGGCGUCGGCUCCAUCAAGUGAUUUGUUCUGUGCCAACAACAACACCUCCUUCCUACGUCUCAGUGCAGGUUUCCCGUCGGUUUACAACCGGACAGACCAAGGUGCUACUCACAUGGAUAAACGUGGCCCUCCCUCGCAGAGUUCAAAUUCUGAUACUGAACAGAAGACUGGUAACUGGAUUGCGUCGCCUCAGUUCAGCAAUAAGUCUCCCAUCGCCAGCCACGAGCAUUGCUUCUCCGAUAACUCCGAGCCUUCCAAUUCAUCGCUUCUCACCCCUACCUUCCCCGAAGCCACAGCCAUGUGGCCCUCCCCCGCCAUCCCAGAGGACAGAAAGCAACACGCUCGUCGUCGUACCGACAGCAGUGGAGCUAUUAUGCUCAGCCAGGGUGGCCCUGACAGUAAUCAUUGGUCAUUCGACUUUGAAUGGGAUCACGAACGAGCCAAUGCGCUGAGUGUUGUACAAUAA